UACAGAGGAAAGGACUCCAGGUAACACAGUUCAGGUGUCAACUGCGAGGGACAAACAUCAUGAAGACUCUGGUUGUGUUGGCAGUGCUGGGCGUGUGCUCCGCCUCCCUCCAGCAGGCCUACAACCACGGCUACAACUACGUCCAGCCUCGCUACGUCGGACCCUUGGCAUCCACCGUCCCCGCCGGCGUCGACGGAACCAUCACUCCCGUGUCCGAUACCUACGAAGUGGCCGCCGCUCGUGGCGCCUUCUUCAGGGCCUACCAGGAUCAGCUGGCGACUGUCAACGCCCUUCGCUACGGCACUCCCGCCACCCACCACGCCGUGCACCACAGUGCGCCGGCUGUGCAACAGAAUGUAGCAUCUGUGCACCACAGUGCACCAGCUGUGCACCAGAAUGUAGCAUCUGUGCACCACAGUGCACCAGCUGUGCACCAGAAUGUAGCAUCUGUGCACCACAGUGCAUCAGCUGUGCACCAGAAUGUAGCAUCUGUGCACCAGAAUGUAGCAGCUGUGCACCACGGCGUGCCAGCUGGCCACUACUCCGCGGGCCUCGGCCAGGUCCGCGACACCCCUGAAGUGUCGGCCGCAAAGGCUGAGUUCUUCCGCCUCUACAACGCCGGACCACCACGCUCAUCACGACUACUGAACUGUCAGAUAAUUGAAACCUAUGCAAAGAUUUUAAACAUUUUGAUCAUCAAUUAAAGGCUAAGAAGUGA